UGCAAUUUUUGAGAGACUGCGCUUCAGCGCUUCAUAGUUCUAAUUAAACUUUUUGUGAUAUUGAUUUGAAAUAAUAUCCUAGAAGAAAGAAAUUACUUCAAGAUGGUUCUUGAAAGUACAAUGAUUUGUGUAGACAACAGUGAUUAUAUGAGAAAUGGGGAUUUCCUUCCUACAAGGCUGCAGGCUCAGCAAGAUGCAGUAAAUUUGGUAUGUCAUUCUAAAACACGGUCAAAUCCUGAGAAUAAUGUUGGUUUACUAACUUUGGCGAAUGUGGAGGUGUUAGCAACAUUAACCAGCGAUGUCGGUCGAAUACUGUCCAAGCUACACAGAAUCCAGCCAAAUGGAGAUAUAAACAUAUUGACCGGAAUAAGAAUCGCGCACUUGGCUCUGAAACAUCGUCAGGGGAAGAAUCACAAAAUGAGAAUUGUAGUAUUCGUUGGUUCGCCGAUGAAUACAGACGAGAAGGAGCUCGUCAAACUUGCUAAAAGGCUGAAAAAGGAGAAGGUGAAUUGCGAUGUCGUCUCGUUCGGUGAAGACUCCGAGAAUAAUCCUCUGCUAACGUCUUUCGUAAACACGCUGAAUGGCAAAGAUAACACAAGCGGUGGCAGCCAUCUCGUGUCUGUUCCGGCUGGCGGCUGCGUUGUUUUGUCCGAAGCCUUGAUAUCCAGCCCAGUCAUCGGAGGCGACGGUGCUGGCCCAUCUGGGUCCGGCUUGUCGCCGUUUGAAUUUGGCGUUGAUCCUAAUGAGGAUCCCGAACUCGCUCUCGCUCUACGAGUGUCUAUGGAGGAACAAAGGCAGCGUCAAGAAGAGGAGUCUCGUCGCCAGCAGACCACUGGUGAGGCCGAGCCUGGUAAAACUGCAGAAACUCCGAAUACUGGCAUGGAGAGAGCUUUAGCUAUGUCACUGGGCCGGGAAGCAAUGGAGCUGUCUGAAGAGGAACAGAUAGCUCUGGCUAUGCAGAUGAGCAUGCAACAAGAUACGCCGCAAGCUGAAGAGAGUAUGGAUGUGUCAGAGGAAUAUGCCGAAGUCAUGAAUGACCCAGCCUUCCUUCAGAGUGUUUUGGAAAACCUCCCUGGUGUGGAUCCGCAGAGCGAGGCCAUCCGCAAUGCCAUGUCCACCAUUAAGAAGGACAAAGACGAGAAAGAUGAUAGGGACCAGAAAGACAAGGAUAAGGAUGGAAAAGGCUCAGGCUCAUCUAAAGAAAAUUGAAGAUAAGUUUUCAAUUUUAUUAUUUAUGUUUAAAUGCUCGUAAAUUCUGUAUGUUAUAUAAAACAUUUACUGUCAAUAAAUUCAUAUGAGAAAUA